AUAAUAAUUAAGAAAAGUAAAAGCAUGAUUAGUUUUGAUAAUAACAGGUCAAAAUCUUCGCUCUGAGGCUACAAUUUAUAUGAUGUAAUUAAUUAACAUGGACUAGCUCCAUUUACUAGACGACUUUGAAGCCACCUUCAAGACACCAGCUUGCUUCCAGUUUCUGUCAGGAUAUCAUGAAUGAUGAUGCACUGCUUAUCUUAUCUUCUUCUCUACGUAGAUUGAUUUUCAGGUGGUGAGUAUUGGCAUAGAAGCUUGCAUAUUGAAAAGAUCAUUGAGUUUUUAAUUAUCAAGACAAAAUGGAAAGAUCAGGAUUCAGUUUGAAGAAGCUUACAUUGAUAAUGGCUGUGUGUUUCAUUGCCUUGCCUCUUCUAUUCCUGCUCUCAAUAAUAUACCAAAACUCAGCUUUCGAUAUAAUCGAAGAAUUCACAGCUGAAGCUGUUGGAUUGGGAGGAAAAGCUAGAAAUUUUACUAGAUUUUCAGUUAUUGUCGAUUCUGAAGAUAAUUCUGAUAAAUUGCUUGGCGGGAUACUGGCUCCAGGGUUUGAUUCAGAAUCUUGCAUAAGCAGGUAUCAGUCUAGCUUAUAUCGAAAGCCUUCGCCUCAUAAGCCUUCUAACUAUCUUCUUUCCAAGCUGCGAAAGUAUGAAAAUCGCCAUAAACAUUGCGGACCUGAUGCCAAAUCCUACAAAAAAGCUGUGAAAGACCUCAAUACUUCUAGCCACACCAACAUAACUAAAGGCUGUAAGUAUGUUGUCUGGUUGCCUUCUAAUGGCCUUGGAAACAGGAUUGUAAGCAUGACUUCAGCAUUUCUAUAUGCACUCCUCACUAACAGGGUCCUGCUUGUUCAUCAUGGGACUGACAUGGAUGAUCUUUUCUGCGAACCGUUUCCAAAUACAUCCUGGUUAUUACCUAAGGAUUUUCCCCUUAAAGAUAAAUUUGAUAGCUCUGAAUGGAGAAACAUUCUUAGUUAUGGAAACCUUCUAAACAAUAGCAACACGAACACUUCAUCCCUGCCACCUCCAGCAUUUCUGCUUCUUUAUCUAGCCUAUGACUAUGAUUAUCAUGACAAACUUUUUUACUUGGAUCAGAAUCAAGAUUUCCUUCAAAAAGUGCCUUGGUUAAUCAUGAGAUCUGACCAGUAUUUUGUUCCUUAUCUUUUCUUGAUCCAGUCUUUCAGAAAAGAGCUGAGCAGGUUAUUUCCUGACAAGGAGACUGUUUUCCACCACUUGGGUAGAUAUCUUUUCCACCCCUCAAAUCAAGCAUGGGGACUAAUCACCAGGUUUUACCAGGCUUACUUGGCAAGAGCAGAUGAAAUAAUUGGCCUACAAAUAAGAUUAUUUGAUCCUAAAGCAAGUUCAAGCCAUCUUGUAAUGAAGCAAAUCCUAUCCUGUACUGAGAAGGAAAGUCUGCUACCACAACCAGAUAAGCAAAAACAUGUAGCUUCUCUGUCGAAAAACCAGACAUUAAAAGCUAUUCUAGUAGCAUCACUGCAUUCGGUCUACUAUGAAAAUUUAAAGAACAUGUAUUGGAUGAAACCGACUGCGAAUGGGGAGGCAAUUGGAGUUUUCCAGCCAAGCAGUGAAGAGUAUCAACAUUUUGGUGAUAACAUGCACAAUAUAAAGGCAUGGGCUGAGAUGAAUAUACUAAGCUUGAGUGAUGUGUUGAUCACUAGUUCUUGGUCUACUUUUGGCUAUGUUGCUCAAGGUUUAGGAGGUCUGAAGCCAUGGAUUCUAUUCAUGCCUGAUAACCAGACUAGUCCUGAUCCGCCUUGUCAGAGAGUCAUGUCUAUGGAGCCCUGCUUCCAUUUUCCUCCAGGUUACGAUAGGAAGCAAAACAGCAUACCCGAUAAUGUUGAUCUUGGUGUUGAUGUCAAACAUUGUGAAGACGUGAGCUGGGGGGUGAAGCUGGUUAAUAAAUGAUAUGAUACAGAAAAAGGAAUUAUGUUUCGUUAUACUCUAUUCAAUUUAUUGUCAGUUUUGGAUUUGACCCAAGAAUCUAUUCACUUCCAAGCCUUGAUCAGUCUGAGUCAUUAACAGGCAUAAUCAAAUUUAUAGUUCCUUGUUUU